CCCUCGGCUGUUCGGCCCCUCGGCUCGCCCAGUCCCUCACGCUCUGGCUGGGCCCGCUCGGGCGCUCCCUCCUUGCUCUCGCUGGUGUGAGCCCCCCUUAACCACUUCCGGGUCCCGCGUCGCUCCGGAAGCCCGCAAGUUCCGGAAGCCCGAGGAGGCCGCGCUGGCCGCGGACAAGGCGAGCCUUCCAGAGAAUGGGCCUGAGAAAGUUCCGCGGAGCGGCCGCGGCCGCCGCGCCGCCAAGCUCCUGGCAAGAAUAAGGUAAAGAUUCCACAAAAGAAAUUGCAGCAGAGAUAUCCAUGGCAAUAGCUAUAGGCUGUCAAAUCAAGGAACUGCAAGAAAGUGGAAAGGAACCUGCAGAGAGGACAUGGCUCCCCGAGAAGGAGAUGCAAAGAGCACAGACAGAGUGCUACGAAUAAGUCAGUUGGAUGCACUGGAACUGAACAAGGCUCUGGAGCAGCUAGUGUGGUCCCAGUUUGCUCAGUGCUUUCAUGGAUUUAAACCAGGGCUGCUGGCUCGCUUUGAGCCAGAAGUGAAAGCAUUCUUGUGGCUUUUCUUGUGGCGAUUCACCGUCUACUCCAAAAAUGCCACUGUGGGACAAUCAGUUUUGAACAUUCAGUACAGAAAUGAUUGUCCCUCAAACGCAAGUUAUCUUCCACCGAGUCAGAAUCAGAAACUCUGGUAUGCUGCGUGUACCACUGGGGGGAGGUGGCUGGAGGAACGGUGCUAUGACCUGCUCCGAAAUCACCACGUGGCCUCAUUUGGGAAAGUCAAGCAGUGUGUGAAUUUUGUGUUUGGACUUUUGAAAUUAGGUGAGUUAGUUAAUUUUCUGAUUUUCCUUCAAAGGGGAAAGUUUGCAACUUUAACAGAACGUUUCCUAGGCAUCCAUUCUGUAUUUUGCAAGCCCCAAAACGUCCGUGAAGUUGGCUUUGAGUAUAUGAACAGGGAACUCCUCUGGCAUGGUUUUGCCGAGUUCCUUAUUUUUCUCUUGCCGCUUAUCAAUAUCCAGAAGUUGAAAGCGAAAUUGUGUUCCUGGUGCAUCCCCCUUGCGGGUGUCCCUCCUAGUGACCGUGCGCCGGCCGCCAGUGGCAAGGAGUGCUGUCUGUGUGGGGCGUGGCCCACCAUGCCGCACACCAUAGGGUGCGCGCACGUCUUCUGCUAUUACUGUGUGAAGAGCAGUUUCUUAUUUGACAUGUACUUCUCCUGUCCCAAGUGUGGCGCAGAGGUGCAGAGCGUGCAGCCCCUGAAGUCAGGAGUUGAGAUGUCAGAAGUGAAUGCUCUUUAGAAACUGAAACGGUUUCCUGUGAGAGAAAAGUGUAUUUUAAAUCCUCAGUAUUCAUCUUCCUUGUAUUUAGAUGUCUAAGGCCUGUGCCUCUCAGCCACUGUCUUCAGUUCCUUCCUAGCACAGCUAAAUUUUAAUCACUGAUAAAGGUAAUUAUGAACAGAUUGUGCUAAUGUUCAUUUUUUAAAAAUUGACUGGGUUUGAUUUUUAAUGUCAAGAAUGAUGGAGAGUUUUUUGUCAGACGACUGUUCCUUCGUUUUGCUACUUCAUGGACUUUGAACUCUAAAAAUAAAGUAUUUUGGAGGCUCUAA